AUUUAUAAUUUAAUUUCAAUUGCAGUCAAUUUUCACAAGUCACUCGAACGUAUUUUGUAAAUUUGAUCAAUUAAACAAGGUAUUAAAAUGGGCAGCAAAUUUCUGAACAAAUUACUGUUAAUUGCUGGCUUUGCUAGCUUGGCGCAUGCCGCAUUUUCAGCCGCACAUCAUCGCACCUAUUUGCGGCUAACAGAGCAGGAGUGGACCAGUCUGCCUUUAGAUAUCAUUUUGCAAACGGUGAUAAGCCUGGUGGUCGUUGUCUAUAAUAUUAUUCAAAUCGUGGGCAACUUCAAGGAGAUACGCGCUACCGUGGACAUGCAGCAGAAGACUUGGGAUACUCUUGGCAACUUUCCAUCAUUCUACACAUUCAAUCAUCGCGGUCGCGCUUUGAGUCCCGGCUACAAGCCGCCGCGACUCAACGAACCAGAUUCACAGCAAUAGUUGCGCUAACUAAAUGUUCAUUUGUAGCCGGUUUAAAUGUCUAGUGUAAUGCAAUUUUUUCAUAAAUUAUGCUAAUCCAA